AUGCGCUGUGUUAAAAUCUACUUGUGCUCUAACCCAGAUGACUCUGUGGUUGAGAGGAGAGCACUGAGGGACAGAGUGUUUCCCAGACUCAGGGAAUACUGCAGACAGAAGUAUGGAGUGGACUUCACAGUCACUGACCCAUAUGAAGGGAUGAGGCCACAUCAUUGGCCAUCUCACCAGGAGAGAUCACAGCUGCUGCAGGAGUGCAGGGAGAGUUCAGCAGGACCUUUCUUUGUGGGUCUGGUGGGAGAGCACUAUGGUGCUGCAUGUUUACCCGAACAGGUGGAGGUUUCUGAGUUCCAGCAGAUUCUACAGGUGUGUCGCCAGAUGCAACUUAGCACAGAAGUCUUGGAGAGAUGUUACCGCAGAGACGAGAACACAGUACCUGCAUCAUACUGUCUGCUGAAGCCUGCUGACUACGUCACACUGAAUAACAGUAAGGGUGAAGAGAGGGCAGAAGUGCACUGGCAUGAGACAGUUCAAGAGGCAACAGAGACUGUUUGUGGUGUCGUGAUGCAGUGUGUCCGGGAAGGCAACCUCACCUCUGUGGAGGCCCAAAAGUACCUAAGAUCAGGUCUUGAUAAAGAGCUGCAUCUUGCGUUGGGAGGGUCUUCCAGCUCUGAUCUCUCAAGAUGUCUCUGCUACGUUCACAGAAUCAUCACUACUAAGAGAAGCCAGAGAAAGGUGCAAAAUGAGGCUCGCUCAGAUUUACAAGAGCAGUCCAAAAAGUUACUGACAGAGUUGCGUGAUCACUUCUUGCCUGGCCUGGUCACUUCCUCUCAUCCCCUGGUAUACACAACCAUGACAGAGUGUGACCAGUGGAGGGGUUACACCACAGACAUGAGACAGCACUAUACUGAAGCUCUUUGUCAGCAGCUGCACUCUGACCUUCGGUGCCUGAUUGACAGUACAGUUACUAGGAUAACAAAUCAUGCUAAUGACUCAUUCACACAACACAGAGACUUGUCCGCCACCUAUUCUCGUCUGUAUAGAAUUGAACGUGCAGAAGUAGAGUGUGUCAAAGCUUACCUGGAGCAGACAGACACAAGGCAACCCUUGGUUCUCAUUAGUGGACCAUGCUCAGGAAAAAGUGUGCUCCUGGCUCAUUGUGCAAGUCAGGUGAGAGCAUGGCUGAAGGACACAAAGCUUUUCGUAAUCCCACAUUUUGCGAAUCUGAACAUUUCCCUCAAAGAUUUUAUCAGGAACCUCUAUUACCAAGUUGUCUUACUCUGCACUCAGACAUGCAAUAGGUGUUCUCACAACAACUCUCCACUGAGAGAGGGCCUUUCCAACCUUUUAGUGUCUGUUUCUUCAUUUAAACAUCCACUCAUCCUCUUCAUAGAUGGGCUUGACCAAUUGCCUAACACCGAUAGACCUCUGGAUAUGACAUGGCUUCCUGAGUCCCUACCACCCACUCUAAAGAUUGUCAUCUCCACCUCACCGAGUAAAUCUGGUGUCCUCCUGGCACUCAAAAAACAAUACCCAGAACAUCACUAUUUUGUGGAGAUGAGACCAAUAGAGAGUAAGAGCUGUAUCCAAAUGCUCACCACUCUCCUAGAAACCUCCCAGAGAAAGAUCACUUCAGGUCAGCAGAUGUAUGUGAAUCAGACCUUUCAAAAGUGUUCCCUUCCUCUCUGUGUGGAUCUCUUACAUUUACAGGUAUGUGUCUGGACCUCAGAAUCGGAGGUCACUGAGAACACACUGGCCCAAGGAGUCCAUGCCAACAUUUGUGGACUCUUGGAUCACCUGGAAGAAAUUCAUGGAAAAGCAUUGGUCACCAGAACUAUGGGUUACUUGACUUUGUCCAGAUAUGGGAUGACUGCAGCUGAGUUGACAGAUGUUCUCUCCUGUGAUGAUGAGGUACUAGCCAGGUUUCUCUCAUCAGAGAGCCCUGCACCAAGCAGUUUAAGGGUCCCAGAGGUUGUGGUAGAGAGGCUCCUGCUGGACCUGAAAAAAUUCCUAAUAAUGAGAAAAAUUUUUGGCUUUCAGUCAUUGUUCUGGGUCAGCAGACACUUCCCAUUAGUCAUACGUAAGAGGUACCUCUGGUCCAUCGAACUGAUUAAAGAAAUGCACCAUGCACUAGCAGACUAUUUCAGUGGGUGCUGGACAUGUGGUAAAGCUAAAUCACUGUUCAUCUGUGACACAGAAACUCCUGACACAGAAACACACAAAACUUCAGACAGCCCAGAUGUAAUUCCAUCAAAGAUUUACAUUGACAGGCUAUCUCCCAGUCAGCCUUGGAUAUUUCACUAUAAGAGUCCUGUUUCCAUGUACAGUCCCGUGCCUGACAGUGCCCAAGGAAAUCUCAGAAAAGUCCUUGAACUCCCAUUCCACCUGAGAGAGGCUGACAGAUUAGAGGAACUUGGUCGUGAAGUUAUGAUGUCAUAUGUGUAUCAUCUGGCCAUGUUGGAGAAUAAGCUCUUAGAAGAGCUAGUGGCUUGGUUGAAAGAGACAUCCCACUUUGUUUUUUCUAGAGAACUGCUGUUUCUUUGUGCAAUCCUUGAAAAUUCAGCCUGCUUGCUGAAUGACUAUCCUGAUGCCCUUACAUUGGUGAUGCAGGCAAAGCUUAUUCCCUUUCUUCAGGUUUUUCCUGAGCUGAAGGAAUAUACCAAUCAAGUGCUUAGUGACAGAAGAAAUACAGUGAAUGCUGUGGUUUGUCCAGCACCCGCUGUGCCUUCCACAUUCUGGGCACUGCCAGAGGCUAGGAGAUCUCCAAUUACACAUGCAGCUGAAGCUCAUGGGACCAUUGCUGUGAUUCUGAGUGAUGGUUCAGUCUGGGCCUGGAAUGGAUGUGACUCUGAGGGCUUUAAACUCCCUCAGUCUCCUGAAAUACAAAGUACAAGCAUUAGUGGCUCUGGUAAUUUAUUCCUGAUGUCCACUCAGAACCACAAACUCUUGUUAUGGGACAUAAAUGUGCAAUCAAACUGUGAGGACAUUCAGUUCCAUAGGUCAAGAGAACUUCAAUGCACCACGUAUGCUGUUGAGGGUGUUCUGGUGUCCAAUGACAAGCUGUUUGUGUGGUGGAAGGGAAGAAAUCACGUCAGUGUGUUUGACAGGCGAAGGAAAGUGGAAAUUACUCAACUACAGUGCUUCCAAGACAUAACAUGUGUGUCAUGCUCCUCAGAUGGUCAGUACGUUUAUUGUGGACAAGGUAAAAGCACUGUCAGCAUAUUUGAACCUUGUGGUCACAACAUUGCCACUUUCACCUGCUCAACAGGAGCACCCAUAAUUAAUGUGACUCUCUGUGAGGGUGAGGAAAACAUGACUUGUGUUGACAGCACGGGGAGUGUGUUUGUCUGGGAUGUUGAAAUCGUCACUGAGCCUAAACUUGUGAAGGACUUUUCCAGCCAGGGACAGGUGUUAACCACAGACCUCUCUAAGGAAAACAACAUUCUGCUUAUCUGCAAGAAGCAAGAAGUCCUGCUCUGGGACACAUGCAUGGCGGAUGUAGGAGAUCAGUUCAAAGCACCUAAGGGGAAGACAUUUAUUCAAGCUGUGUUGGAUCGAUCCUCUCACUUCAUCCUUGCUUUACUGGAUGAGUGUCCUGUGAUACUGGUGUGGAAAUGGUCCACAGGACAAUGUGUUUUGAGUCUUGAUGCUGGGAACACCAGAAUCACCAGACUCCUAAAACUUGGUACCACGCAUCUAGCAGCUGUCACACCUACCAAGGUCAUUCUUUGGGACAAGGAUCUCAUCACAGAGGCUGCAACAAGUCCAAAAUCUGGAGUAAAGGUGACAAAGGUUGUGGUGGAGUCCAAUGGGGAACAUUUCUACACAACAGACAACACAGAACUAGUGUGUAAAUGGGGAAGACUAAGUGGCAACAUGGAAGGCCAGUUUCAGCAUCUUGGGCCUAUAGAUACCAUGGCCCUGUCUCCAGAUAGUGAACACCUGGUCACCAUUGCCUCAGGGGACAUCUAUGUCUGGAAGACUGACACAGGCAAAAAUCUUCACAGAAUCUGUGACAGCCAAGCAUACCAUAUUUUGAUUACACCAAAGAGCAACUUUGCAGUGUCUCUAUCACAGAGAGGCCCCUCCAGGGUUUGGAAAUUAGGGAAUGGGCAUGUAGUGUGCAGUAUCCACUAUUACCUCUGUAAUCCUGUCAUCUCACCAGAAAGUACCUUUCUCUUGGGCUUGCACUCUGGAGACCUACUUGCUGUUAGUCUUUGGUCUGGGUUUGUCAGCAAACGGUUCUCUUGUUAUAACAGGUCAAAAGUCCUUGCCUUCCAUCCUCUGGUAAACAGCCCAGAUUACAUUUUAGUGAUCACCAAAACAGGGCUUUUGUACUCAUGGAAACUGACAGAUGAGACUAUCUGCCAGCAGUUCCAAAUGCCCAAGUUCCUGCUGUGUCAACCAGAGGUCUUCCAGGUCUCUUCUGAUGGAAGUUACGCCAUUCUGUCAAUCAAAGGAACUAUACUAAGUAUCUUGGAUGUUACUCAUGGGAAGCUGUGUUCAUUGAAAACUGAAGGCUGUGUACUGCAAGCAUACCUUGACCAUUCUGGUCAGUAUGCACUUUGCAUUUGCAAUGCCUCUGUAGAGAACCUGGGCUGCCCCUGUGAUCUCCAUGCCAAACCAGUGUUGAUUGCUGUGCGAGUUUCAGAUGGCAAGAAAAUCGGCAGGUUCUACCUGUGUAAACACCCAACUGUGAUGUGUCUGUCUGAAGAUCUCUGUGUGUAUGUAGGGUUUGAAGAUGGCUCUGUUGGCAUUUACUCUGUUGAUGCAGAGAAGAAUAGCAUCAAUGCCAAGGAUCACCAGAACAAUGUAGACACAGCAAUGUUAUGUAAAUUUGCCAAACCCCUGAAAUGGCCACCCUUACCAGAGCCCAACAUCACAUGGAUGGACCUGUAA